AGAUUCAGAUUUAUCCCGCAAUCUGCUUUUUCUUGAUCCGGAUUUGAAAAAUUCUCAUCAAAGAUCCACAUUUUUUCAGUGUCUUCACUUCCACAACAAGUUUCACUGAAAAGUUUCUUCCUUUAUCAGUUGUUAAUUAAUUUCGUCUUCUCUGUUUACUAGUCUUGCUUAUGCCACACCACCACUAAGGGUUCUGCAGCCGUAUUUCUCGCUCCAAUUAUCACUCCCCCCUCCCCUUGGAUUCUUCUGAUCUGAAACAAAGAGCCCAUGUCCCAUGUUUCUCUACCACUCUUUCUUCCAAGAUUUCAGAUGGGCUUCUCAAGAAACUGUCGUUAGAGUGCUCUUAUAGCUUUUCUUUGAAUUCUCAAUGCUUGUACAGUGCUGUUCCUCUUCAAAAAUUUGCCAUGGAGGGUUGUAUCCGGAUAGCAUUUCUUGUGUCUUUCUUUGUGUUUAGUGUUUCAGUUGUUCGUGGUGUUACAGACCCCAAAGAUUUAGCUGUUCUGAAUCAGUUCAGGAAAGGUCUGGAAAAUGCUGAGCUCUUGCAAUGGCCGGCCACUGGAGAUGACCCUUGUGGUCCUCCGAGUUGGCCUCACAUAUACUGUUCUGGCAACAGGGUUUCGCAGAUUCAGGUUAGAGGUUUGGGUUUAAAGGGCCCUUUGCCUGAGAAUUUCAAUCAGUUGUCUAUGUUGUCGAAUAUAGGUCUUCAACAGAACCAGUUUAGUGGGAAUUUGCCAUCUUUUAGUGGGUUGGCGCAAUUGCGGUACGCUUAUUUGGAUUACAACAAUUUUGACACAAUCCCAUCAGAUUUCUUUAAAGGGCUUGUGAAUUUGGAGGUUUUGGCAUUGGAUUAUAACCCUCUGAAUGCCACCACUGGGUGGUCAUUGCCGUCUGACGUGCAGAGUUCAGCUCAGCUGAAAAAUCUUACUCUGAUGAGUUGCAACGUGGCUGGUCCUUUGCCUGAAUUCUUGGGAAAUAUGUCCUCUUUGGAGGUCUUGAAGUUGUCGUUAAAUCGACUUGUGGCGACCAUGGAGUCACUCACUAGUCUUUGGCUACAUGGGAACCAUUUUUCAGGUAAAAUACCUGACAACAUUGGUGAUUUAGUUUCUUUGCAGGAUCUUAAUCUCAAUAGGAAUGAUCUUUUUGGUCUCAUUCCUGAUAGCUUGGCAAACAUGGCAUUAGCUCAUUUGGAUUUGAAUAACAAUCGUUUCAUGGGUCCUAUGCCGAAAUUCAAAGCUGUUAAUGCAACCUAUGAAUCAAACCCUUUCUGUCUUCCUAAUCCAGGUGCUCCUUGUGCCCCAGAUGUUAUGGCUUUGUUAGAGUUUCUUGAUGGGGUGAAUUACCCCUCCAGGCUUGUCCAGUCAUGGUCAGGUAAUAAUCCAUGCCAAGUUUCCUGGCUAGGAAUAGGGUGUGAUCCCAGUGGAAAUAUCAUUACCAUAAACUUACCCAAUUAUAAUCUUUCUGGCAUAUUAAGCCCUUCAAUUGCAGCCCUUGGUUCCCUCACUCAUAUUUAUCUUGAGUCCAACAACCUGUCAGGCCCAAUUCCGACGAACUGGACUAGUUUGAAAUCUUUGACACUGUUGAAUUUGGGUGAGAACAAUAUCUCGCCUCCUCUUCCAAGAUUUAGUAGCAAUGUAAAGCUUGUUUUAGAAGGGAACUCUCUAUUAAACUCCAAUCCUCCUGGAGCAUCCCCGUCCGGAAGUAAUGGCACGUCGGAUUCUCAGGGUUCACCGUCUAGACCUAACUCUGCCGGUUCUACAUAUGAACCCACUGGAGGAAAGCACUCCAAUAAGUUACUUGUAAUUGUAGCCCCAGUUGCAAGUUUUGCACUUCUGGUGGUCUUGGUUUUGCCAGUUUCUAUUUAUUUCUAUAAAAAGAGAAAAGAGGGACAACCUGCUCCAAGCUCCCUUGUGAUUCAUCCACGAGAUCCAUCUGAUUCAGAUAACACGGUCAAGAUUGUGGUUGCAGAUGGCACAAAUAGAAGUGCUUCUUCCUUGACCACUAGUAGUCCUGCAAGUUUGAAUAGUAGUGGAUCUCAUGUGGUCGAGGCCGGAAAUCUGGUCAUAUCAAUUCAAGUUCUUCGAAACGUGACCAAGAAUUUUGCGCCAGAAAACGAACUUGGUCGUGGUGGUUUUGGGGUCGUUUACAAGGGAGAAUUGGAUGAUGGAACUAAAAUAGCAGUAAAAAGAAUGGAGGCCGGGGUAAUUAGCAGCAAGGCGUUGGAUGAAUUUCAAUCUGAAAUUGCUGUUCUGUCUAAAGUUCGUCACAGGCAUUUGGUAUCUCUUUUGGGAUAUUCAAUUGCCGGAAAUGAAAGAAUUCUGGUUUAUGAGUACUUGUCUCAGGGGGCUCUUAGCAAGCAUCUUUUUCAUUGGAAGAAAUUGCAGCUGGAGCCUCUCUCUUGGAAGAGGAGGCUAAAUAUUGCCCUCGAUGUUGCUAGAGGAAUGGAGUAUCUUCACACUCUAGCGCACCAGAGUUUCAUACACAGAGACCUUAAAUCUUCAAACAUCUUACUCGGGGAUGACUUUCGAGCAAAAGUAUCAGAUUUUGGUCUGGUUAAACUUGCUCCUGAUGGAGAGAAAUCGGUAGUCACUCGGCUAGCUGGAACUUUUGGAUACUUGGCCCCUGAAUAUGCUGUCACAGGUAAAAUCACGACAAAAGCAGACGUCUUCAGUUUUGGUGUUGUGCUGAUGGAGCUAUUAACUGGAAUGAUGGCACUUGAUGAGGACAGGCCUGAGGAAAGCCAAUACUUAGUUGCAUGGUUCUGGCACAUCAAAUCAAGCAAAGACAAGCUAAUGGCAGCAAUAGACCCAGCCCUUGACGCCAAAGAAGAAAAGUUAGAGAGCAUCUCCAUUGUUGCUGAGCUUGCUGGUCACUGCACGGCAAGAGAACCCAACCAACGACCCGACAUGGGCCAUGCCGUUAAUGUCCUGGCCUCCCUUGUAGAGAAGUGGAAACCACUUGCUGAUGAUACGGAGGAGUAUUGCGGUAUCGACUAUAGCCUCCCACUUAACCAAAUGGUCAAGGAUUGGCAAGAAGCUGAAUCAAAAGAUGUGAGCUAUAUGGACCUCGAGGAUAGUAAGGGUAGCAUCCCGGCUAGACCUGCUGGAUUUGCUGAGUCCUUCACCUCAGUCGAUGGGCGGUAGCAUAGGUACUCUGCAAUUUUGUUUUGAUGUAGAUAACUUGGUUUAUUUUCCAUGUGGAGUUCUAUUUUAUUUCUUCAAACUAUUGGUUCUGGUGACAAGUUUCUAUUAGAGCUCACAAUGUCUAUUUGUCGGCUCUAAUACUGAUCUUGUGGAUGUAGAUACAGAACAGCAGAAACAGUCAGCCACUCAAAGCUGCAUAUGUUAUUCUCUUGUUUUUUUUUUUUAUGAACAUUGUUCAUCUCAUGUUGUUGCUUCCUGA